ACCAAAUAAUAUCCGAGAAAUCUUCAAAACCUCAUCACUCUCCAGAUUCCAAACCCCUCAGAAAUCUCUUCUUUAAACUCUGCCAAAAAUUCAAAAAUCAAUUGCUAUUUCUCAAACGCUGCUUUCAAUUGCGAGAAUCUCUUACGCAGAGGUCUAGAGAAGAGCUGGACAAAAGUGAUUUCUGCGGCGGCGGUUUGUUCGGAGCGGAAUUUGACAGGGGGUUUUGAGUGAUACAGAUCGGAAAACAUGUUAGCUGUAGCGCCGAGCUGUAUUACUCGUAGCUCGUUGGAGGAAAUGCUCGAGGCUCUCCAGCGAAGAGACGAGAUCGAAGCUCAGACGCCGCCGGAUCUCCCUCCCGCCCUGCCGCGCCGCGCCGUCCCCCGCAAUCGCCUCCCUUCCGCUAAGAGGCGGCUUCCUGUGGCUGUGAGCUUUAAAGCUGAUGAAACCUCAGGGAGAUUGGAAUUUCGUGGCGAAAUUGGGGGAAUUGAGGAGACUGCUUCUGAUAAGGUUGCUUCACAGAAGGGUUUGGAUGAUGGCAAACACCUCCAUGAAAUAGCAGUCACAUUGCAAUCAUAUGUUCGGGGAUGGUUGGCCAGGAAGCAAUUUAGUCAUCUCAAGUCGAUUGUAGAAACCGGCAUCGCCAUUUCUCAAGUCCAGGCUCUGCCUCUAGAUAUGCUAGCUUUGAUUGUUGGAAAACUCCAAGAGAGGGUGUUAAUGGCAAAGGAAACUAUUCAAAUCAAGGAAAAAGAAAGUGUAGCCUUAAGAGAGCAAUUGGCACAAUAUGAGGUACGGAUUAAACAGUCGGAAGAAAAGAUUAAAUCCGCAGAGGAAAUGUGGGAAAAACGGAUUGCAUCUCUACAAAUGGAUUUGGCAAAGAGUGAGAUUCCAAAAAUUAACCAGCAGAGUGAGAUGGUGAAAAGGAAGGUGACUUUUGAAGAUGAGAAGCAUGAUAUUGUAGGAGCUCCAAGUGAGAAACUGGUGAAGUUGAAACGCAUGGUGAAGGCGUGGAUGAAGGGGAACAAGGUUCGGUUGAUAGGCUCGAAGACGAAGAUACACUCAGUGGCCCAUGGUGAAGCCGAUGCUCAUCCAAGGAAAUGGUGGGGAAAGAAAACCAAGAGAUCGAAGAAUAAUCUUAUUGCAACGGCUAUGUAAUGCAACUAUUCCAUGUGGCGUGUCGUGUGUGACCCCCCGGGUUGAGAUUGGGUCCGAGUUUUCGACUCAAUCUGUAUAUAUCAGUAUUAUCGAAGUAUAUUUAUUUCUUUGAAAUUUAA